CGAGAACAGAAAUGAUAUAAGACUAAACGUUCAUAAUCAAUCGAACUAUUCGCAAGAACAUUAAACUAAGAACAUGUUAUUCUACGCAGUUAGUGUAUUCAGCGUUGUAGCAUUUGGAUUUUCAGCAACUGCAGAAUUUACGCUUCCUGUAACUACUUGCAAGCGGAAUUCAGCUGAUUAUUCUGCCUGUUUAAAACGCGCUUUAGAGGAAGCAUGGCCACGAUUUAUUCAAGGACUUCCAGAAUAUGAUUUUCCAUCUUUGGAUCCAGUAUUGAUCAAACAUGGAAAAAUUUUUUUAACUGCAAACGAGCUACAUGGAGAAGUAACUGGAUCAAAUAUCACUGCUAUCGGUUUAGCAAAGACUCGUUUUUUUGAUGUAAGAACGCAUUUUCUUGAUGAUGUCUUUCGUUUAGAACUUGAUACGCAAGUACCAAAGGUGUUUGGAAAAGGUGCUGUGAAAAUGGAUGGUGCUGUGAAUGUAUUCAGAAUUCUUGGCAAUGGUCACUUUAACGUAACCGCGACAGAUAUUAGAGGAACGUGGACUUUCAUAGGACAUGUAGUAAACGAUACAUGGAUUGUAGAACAUUUUCUUUUCCUUCCAACGGUUGGAAGCUUGAAAAUAUAUUUUGACCUUUUGGCAGAACAAAGUAAAGAACUUAAUGAUCUUGUCGUAAGUUUCGUAAACGAGUACUGGCCGCCGUUAUAUCGAAUCGCAUUACCAAUAAUGGCUGAUUUUUGGGACCCAUGGUUGGUUAAAAACAUUGCCAAUAAAUUCUUCUCCAAAGUUUCCUUCUCAGAAUUAUUCCCAUAAAACUCAUAUUUAUUAUACUAAUUGUAAGUGCAAAUUCCUUUUAAAAUUAAAAACACAUCUAUUUUAAAAGUAAUGUAUAUGUGAGCUAUUUCUCUGAGAUUCUAUAACUUAAUUUUUGUUUUCUAACUAUUCCUUGUGAGCAAAAUUAAUAAACAACCUAAAAUAUUAA